GGGAUAAUGCAUGGUACAGGCUGCAUCAGGAGUUUGAAGAAUCUAGUGUAAUGAAAUCAAUGCCAUUCAGUGAUCAUGAUUCCUCAUGCUUUGCCCUGUCGACCUGUUGGCGGUCUGACUUCUUAGCUGGUAACUAGUUCCUAUCAAGCCAUUGACACUCUCUACCAUGUCUAUAUCUACUGGUCUUCGCAUGUCACAUUGGAAAGAAAAGAAAAGAUCUUGAUUAGGUUAGGCCGAAGGUGGAAAGCGGUCGAUACGGAUCGCCGUAGCUCCGUUGCUAUGGAACGCGAACGAGACCAUCAACCAUCCAACCAUCUCAAGAAUUCUGCAAAGAGCUCGUCCUGCUCCUCCAUCCCACCUCAGGUUGACAACAUGUUCAGUCGCGCAUCCAACGCUUUCGCUGCUGCUGUUGCCCCCGCCGUCGAGCAGCCCACCGCAGAGCAGAUCGGAGCUAGCGGCGACGACAACGCGCGGAACGCGUCCAGCGCGAUCGCGCUGGACGAGACCGAGACCGACUUGACGACCGGCGUCCCCAUUACUGGAGACCCAUCGCACCAGAUGCUGUUUGACGUGCACGCGACGACAAACCAUUUUCUGUUCUCUGCAUCGGAAUACGCCCAACCUCAGGAAGACCAGGCUGCGCGCGACGAGAGCGCGGCCGCAGUGACGGGAGAAGAAGGCCUCGAGGGACUGUCCGGUGAAGAUCUGGCCACAAGCGCGGACGGUAAACAAGGCGAUUCUACAGCUCAGGAAGUGAAGGGCAACGAGAAAGUCGAGGACAAUUCACACGCAGAAUCAACACGCGAAAAAACUCCACCGACCACACCACCACCGACAACGGAGAAGUCUGCAAUGGACGCGACAGCAACACCAAGCAGGCGAUCGCAGCGCGCCACGCCUGUCGCGCCCAGCUCAGCGAAGAAACAGACCAAGUCGUCCUCAACGGAGAGCGCAAAAGAUGAGACCAGCACCGGCGAGAAGAGAAAGCGCGGGCGGCCGUCGAAAGCCCCCGAGGAGGCUGACAGUGCGCAAGAAACUAAGCGGACGAAGGUCUCUGAGACUGAUACACCUCGUGGCCGUGGACGUCCUGCAGGCACUACAUCAGGAUCAGCGUCUGCCAAGAAGCCAACCUCUACUCCUGGACGAGGACGCGGACGGCCUCGCAAGCCUGAGAGUGAGCGCAAGCCACCGAAGCCCGUCAGCUUGAACCCGGACGGUACACCCAGAGGUCGUGGACGCCCACGCAAGUCUGAAGGUGGCGUCACAAAAAAGACCACCACGCCAUCAAAGGCCACAAGUGCUACAGCAAACGGAACCCCUCGCAGUCGCGGACGCCCACGCAAGUCGGAUGCCGCUUCUGCAGCUGCAUCUGUUGAAAAGACCAACGCAAACACAAAGAGCGUGUCCAAGGGUCCUGGCCGCCCCAAGAAAGCAGAGACUGCUGAAACAAAGGAGGCUACGGCCAACGGCACCCCGAGGGGUCGCGGACGGCCGCGCAAGAGCGACUAAAGAGCACAUUUAUGUUCUUCACGACUACUGGUUAAUCAGAAAUAUUCUUCACUGGGAGGGUCGGUAUCUCGGGCGUGCUGGAUUCAGUUGACAUUAUGCGCAUGGUAAAAGGGCCUUGCACCAGAAUUCUAUUCUAGAUACCGUGUACUAAUAGUGAAAUCCCAAAGAUGGGAAAAUGGGCCUGGCCAAUAAAUUCGAAGAUAACAGCAUGACCAGAUCUUCUGUAGUUUUUUCUUCUCGGACCUAAAUCCCAUGACUCAAUAGAACCAUUCGACCCUUUCAU